GGCAAAGCUCACCUCAAAGCUUUCACCUGUGCCAGAGGUUAGUUAGACUAUUUACUUAGCUGACCAAACUGCUCUGCAAAGUGCAAAUGACCACACCAUCCGCAGAAGAGCAGAGCUGCAGGAAAGUGUCCAACACUCCCCCCUGGUGUUACAUAUUUGUACUACACAAAGCUCAUGGAAAAGCAUUAAAUGCAGAUAAUAUACUCGUCGUUUUAUCCUAACAACACAGACAUAGAUGUGGUAUAACACUAAAAGCAGAAAUUCUGUCUUGGCUCCAAUCAGUCAAGGCCUCAAGGGUAGCGGCCUUGGGAAUCAUUUUUGAGUAAACUACCUGUGAGACACCACUUGUCCACCGAUUUUCGUUUCGACAUCCACGUGGGCUGCCCCAGGAAGCGGUAGUUCGCUAAACAUCACCGUUUAGUCCUAACGUGGUGUGCGCGCUCUGUUCCAAGCUGCGUCCACGAAAGGCCACGCCAGCUAGUUUUUGCGUGACUUCAGAAAUCGGAUGUAAAUUCUAGUAAUAUCAAUUCGUAUUGUCUAAAAACCAUGUCUUGCAACUCCGGGGAAGACGUGGAGAAGCUUCAGCAGCAAAUAUCAGUGAUGCGGAAGGAGCUGAAAAAUCUGAGGCAGCGUGCAGAUGGCUCCGUACGUUCCCACAGGAAACACAUGACUACUUUACAGUCAGCUUUGUCGAAAAUCGGUGAAAACAAGCUGCAACUUUGUGUUAAACCUAACGUUGACCAUGACUUGGGAUUGUCUCUGGAAAAAGGGUCCAUAAGAACAACUCCCAUAGGAUACAUAAAUUCUUGCUUUGCGGCCAAAAAUGGCACCCCACGACAGCCUACUGUUUGUGGUCCUUCCCGUGCUACUUUGCAAAUUCAGCAGACGGUCUUUAACAACCCAGACCAUCCACUGAUUGGACUAGAUGAAUACUCACAUGUUUGGAUAAUAUUUCUCUUCCACAAGAAUGGACAUCUUAGCUACAAAGCUAAAGUGAGACCUCCACGCCUGAAUGGGCAGCGAGUUGGAGUGUACUCCACCCGCAGCCCCCACCGCCCCAAUGCCUUGGGUUUGACUCUGGCCAAGCUUGAGAAAGUUGAAGGUGACACACUUCACUUGACAGGUGUUGAUAUGAUUGUUGGCACUCCGGUCCUGGACAUCAAGCCAUACAUUCCCUGCUAUGAUUGCCCACAUACCCGACUUGAUACUGCUGUACAGGAGGGUGACUUACUGUCAGAGGAUGAAAGUGACUGCCAGAUAACCAGCCCCUCUGGACCUAACACAGCACUAGUGUUAGAUUCUGAAGAAGCUUCAACAACACCUUGCCAAGUCUCUCCAAGAUCAGAUGGACUCGGUGCGCUGGGCGAGAUGCUGUCAGAAGUGAAGGACUAUCUCCAGCAAGGCGAGUUAACCAAAGGUGGAGCAGCAGAAGAAUCCAAUCAGAGUGAACUUGUAGGACCUGAGGGGGAUGCUGGAGGCAGGCUGCACUUCGGGCAGGAGUCCUACAGCACCAUCGCUGGUUGGAUAAAACAACCUCCUGUGAGCACCCUGGAGGUACGCUUCACCAGUCAUGCUGAGAGAGAGCUCAUGGAGUUUUUACCAUCUGAUAGUACAGUGAUGGACAAGCCAAGGUUUAAGUUCCUGAAAGACUCUGAUGAAGCAGCUGCUGCUAUAAAAGCUGUCUUGUCUGCUGAUCCUCGCUCUGUUUACCGACGAACUCGUUGCCAGGACCGCCUUUUCUUCUUCAGCAUGGAUACAGCUGAUAUAACUUGCUGGUUUGGAGAUGGUUUUGCAGAAGUGUUACGAGUUCAACCCAUUUUGCUUUAAUUUGAACACGUGGACUUAAUGAAUCAUGCAACAAUAUGAUGUUCAGCACGGUGUAUUUUAUGAAUAAAGCAUAAUGAAUGAUAUACAAAUGCAUGCAAAAAACUGCUAUAGGCUGUCCUUGGUUGUUAAACCUGAUUUGAAAAGAAGCACUUUUUGGUGCUGUCUGGAUUUCCACUGCUGUGUUAAAUAAAUAAAAUCUUUUAGGUCUUACAGGGUUUUAAGUAACCUGAAAUAAAGGACUGCACCUUUAAAACAGAUUAAAUGACUUCGCUUCCA